UUUGCUUUUUUACUCUCUCUCAAUCUUCUCUUCUAUCCUAUUUCCUGUUUAUUUACAAUGGAUACAAUACUGGCUUUCUUGCUCAGCUUUCUUCUACACUUACUUACAAUCAAGUUUACACUCUGCAAUGCAAAUCCUGGCGUGGUUUGCUCUGCAACAGAGAGAAAAGCACUUCUCAGUUUCAAACAUGAUCUUAGAGAUCCUGAGAAUUGGCUUUCCUCAUGGACCGGUGAAGACUGUUGUGAAUGGAAAGGAAUCCGUUGCGACAACAGAACUGGGCACGUCAUUGAGCUGGACCUGGGACAGCCAAAUCAACUCGGCCCCGGCCAAUUUGCAGCUUAUAAAAGAUCGUUGUUGGGUGGGAAGAUAAACCCAUCUUUGCUCAAUUUGAGACGUCUGAGUUAUCUGGACCUAAGCAUGAACAACUUUGGAGGCAUUGCUAUUCCAGAAUUCCUUGGGUCCAUUAAAAAUUUGAGAUAUCUUAAUCUCUCUAAUGCAGGUUUCAGUGGCCCUGUUCCUCAUCAGCUGGGAAAUCUAUCUAAGUUGAGGUAUGUCGAUCUUAGCGGAAGAACUUCAUACGGUAAUGGUUUUAGGCCUCAUGUUGAGGAUCUCCAAUGGCUAUCUCAUCUUUCUUCUCUGGAAUACCUGGACUUUAGUGGACUUAACCUCAGUAAGGCAUCUAAUUGGUUGCAUGUAGUGAAUAUGCUCCCUUCUUUAUCAGAAUUACGCUUAUCUUCGUGUGGACUUGAUGAUAUUUCUCUUCCUCUUCCACAUGUUAAUUCUACAUCUCUCACUGUCAUAGACCUUUCUGAAAAUAAUUUCAAAUUUUCAGUUUCCAAAUGGUUGUCUGGUCUCACUGGUCUUCUUUCUCUUGAUUUACAUGACAAUGAUUUUGAAGGUCCAAUUCCAAGUGCUCUUCAGAACAUGACUGCUCUCAGAGUACUUGAUCUUUCUAACAACAGACUCAGUUCUACCAUACCUGACUGGUUAUAUGAUUUCACCAGUCUUGUAGUCCUCGAUCUCCAAAAAAAUUUUUUGCAAGGUAGCAUUUCAAGUGCUGUAGGUAACCUGAGUUCGCUUACAGACCUCUUGCUAUUUCAAAAUCAGCUUGAAGGGGAGAUACCAACAACUAUGGGAAAUCUCUGCAACUUGAAAAAAUUAGAUCUUGCAGAUAACAAACUUCAAGGAGAACUAUCUGGGUUUUUGGGAAAUUCAUCUGGGUGCAUUCUAAAUAGUGGUUUAGAAUGGUUAGAGUUGAGAAAUAACCAGCUUUCAGGCCAAUUGCCUCCUCAACUAGGACAACUUAAAAAUCUGUCUGACCUUAUUCUGGGCUCCAACUCAUUUUCUGGUCCAAUUCCUGCGUCUUUGGGUGGAUUGUCAUCCUUAAGAGUUCUACACCUUUCCCUUAAUCAAUUCAAUGGAACGAUUCCUGAAAGUUUUGGGCGUCUUUCAAAGCUUGAAACUUUACUCUUGUCUUUUAAUUCUUUGGAAGGUGUGGUAACCGAGCUUCACUUCGCCAACCUCACAAGGUUAAAAUCAUUGAGCGCUUCUUCAAACUCACUGAUUUUGGAUGUGAGGUCUGACUGGAUUCCUCCUUUUCAACUUAAAGAUAUAGAAAUGGGGUCAUGGCAAUUGGGACCCAGUUUCCCCGCAUGGCUUCAAACUCAGAAGAACUUAUCUAAUCUAGAAUUAUCGCACACAGGAAUUUCAGACACGAUUCCAUCUUGGUUUUGGAAUUCAUCAUUCCAUUUUUCAUAUUUAAAUCUUUCAAACAAUCAGCUCCAUGGGGAAAUUCCAAGUCUAGUCAAAACCACCGCUUUUUACCCAAUAAUUAUUCUUAGUUCCAACCGGUUUCAUGGCCCACUGCCUCAUUUCUCUAAUGUUGGAGAACUAGAUCUUUCCAACAAUUCCUUUUCUGGACCUAUUUCCCCCUUGCUCUGCCAUGAAGAUGGUUUUAGUAGUCUGCAAAUUCUGGACCUCAAACAAUUUUUUAUCAGGAGAGCUUCCAGACUGUUGGGUAAAUUUGAAGUCACUCCAAGUGAUAAAUUUGAAUAACAAUAAUUUGACUGGAAGUAUCCCAAGCUCUAUUGGUUAUCUGCACUGUCUCCAAUCUUUGCAUUUGCGCAGCAAUAAUCUCUCCGGAAAGUUACCUUCAUCUUUACAAAAUUGUACAGAGUUGCAGAUCAUGGACUUGAGUAAGAAUGGAUUCUCUGGAAGCUUACCGACAUGGAUCGGAAAAAGCUUAUCGAAGCUGAUGAUUCUUGGCAUACGCUCAAACAGAUUCAGUGGCACCAUUCCCUCAGACUGGUGCCAUCUCAGUUCUCUUCAAGUCUUGGACCUUUCACAAAACAAUCUAUCAGGAACCAUACCAGGAUGCUUCAGCAACCUGACUGCAAUGACUUCAAUGAACAAAUCACAGGAUCCUAUUUCUCACCUAACAUAUGGUGGUGAUUUUGUAGAGGAAGCAACUUUCUUGACGAAAGGAAAAGAGCAAGAAUAUAACAAAAUCCUUCACCUUUUGGUGAGCAUGGACCUGUCAGGCAAUUAUUUAUCUGGAGAGAUACCUGGAGGACUAACAAGACUUCUGGGCUUGCUGUCCUUGAAUUUAUCUGGAAAUCAUUUGACAGGAAAGAUCCCUGAGAAGAUCGGUGACAUGGGAUCAUUAGAAUCCAUUGAUCUCUCACAGAACCAACUUUCAGGUGCAAUUCCUUCAAGCAUUUCGGUUUUAACCUUUCUGAGCUAUUUCAAUGUGUCAUAUAACAGGCUGUCAGGGAGGAUUCCAUCCAGCACUCAGCUCCAGAGCCUAAGCCCAUCCAGCUUUAUCGGCAAUGAACUCUGUGGACCUCCUCUCACAGAGAAAUGCCCCGAAGAUGACAAAUUUGAAGGUGACCCAGUUGCUGAAAAUAAUGAUGGAGACGAAGACUUUGAUGAUGAGUUUGAACUGAAGUCGUUCUAUCUUAGCAUGGCACUGGGUUUUGUUGUGGGUUUCUGGGUUGUAUGGGGUCCCUUACUGUUCAAAAGGUCGUGGAGAGCUGUCUACUUCCGGUUCUUAGCUAACAUAGGAAACAGACUUUGUGGUGGCAUCAUCAAUAGUAAAUAUAACUAGAUUGUUUGUGCUUGUAUUUUGAUCAUCGUUUCGAUCGGGUAAGAGAGAAAUUAUAAGCAAGUCUGAUGCUUUGAUGGAGAA